GUAUUGGUUCCAAGGUAGAAGAAUGGUAAAGGCUAGGCAAUGGCGGUUAAAUGACUUUCCCAGGGUCAUCCAGCUAGGAAGUGUCUGAGGACAGAUUUGAAUGCAGUACCUCCUGCCUCUAGACCUGGCUUUUAGUCCACAGAGCCACCUAGCUCCCCCCUCUCCCCCAAGUAUUUUUUUCAAGCUCUUCCUAUCUGUUAGGCAGUGACCUCAGCUUUCUCAUCUUCAAAACAGGGAUAAUAGCAUGCCUAUCUCAGUGGUGACGAUUUGUGAGGAUCCAAUUAGAGAAAGUAUAUAUGGAAAAGUGUAUACCACUAACCGCUACAUAAUAGUAGUAGUAGUCUCUCGGUAACCGAGGAUGACGAUUGUCUUUGUGCGUUUUCAUCUAUAAUAGAUGAGUGUGCACAAAGACACUUGUGCAUGAAGGAGAUUUAAGUGGAAGAGUCGAUGCACAGAGACAGUCCCACUCUCUCGGCGUUGGAAGCCUGGGUCCAGUGGCACGAAAAGUCGUUAGACCCGGAGACUUCCUCAGCUGCAUUGGAUGGCCAUGUUGUCUUUUGUGCUCCAUCACGUCCUGAGCACUCCACAGUGCUUUGCUGCGUCGCCCUCUCAGCUGUUGAACCUUCUUAUUGGUUUCUUCCACCUGUUCGGCCAAAGCAGUCUUCACAUGCUGGUUUUGGCUUGGUGAAUGUGGCAAGAGAAAUCUGUAGCCCUGAAAUGGAGGUCAGAGCUUCAUUACAGAAGGUUAGUGGGUCAUCUGAUUUAGUGACCGUGCUGAACAAUGAAGAAUUUGUUUUGGUACCUCAGCAAGCAGGUGAUACCUCUUCAAAAGAUGAUGAAAAACCUCAACUAAAGAUAGUCUCCAAUGGAGAUGAACAGUUAGAGAAGGCAAUGGAAGAGAUUCUGAGGGAUUCUGAAAAAGGUCAAAAUCAUCUUCUUGAUUGCGAAAGUUCAUCUGAAAUUUCUGAUCAUUCAUUUACUGAUGUUUCAGCCAACCAAGCCAAUAGACCUUCUCUACAAUUAGUGUUGGAUGCUUCUAAUACAGUUUCUACUCUCCGACUACCUUCUCCCAGUGAUCCACCUGAGGAAGAUAGUGUAUUAUUUAAUAAACUGACCUAUUUAGGAUGUAUGAAAGUUUCUUCUCCUCGAAAUGAAGUGGAAGCUGUACGAGCAAUGGCAACGAUGAAAUCUUCAUGCCAGUUUCCCUUCCCUGUCACUCUUUAUGUGCCAAAUGUUCCAGAAGGCUUUGUAAGAAUAAUAAACCAAUCUAGCAAUGUGGAAAUUGCAUCGUUCCCAAUCUACAAAAUACUUUUCUGUGCACGUGGCCAUGACGGGACAGCGGAAAGUGAUUGCUUUGCAUUUACAGAGAGUUCUCGUGGGACAGAAGACUUUCAGAUACACAUUUUCUCCUGUGAAAUCCAAGAGGCAGUCAGCAGAAUUUUAUACAGCUUCUGUACAGCAUUUAAGCGUUCUUCCAGGCAAGUGUCAGAUGUAAAGGACUCUGUUCUUCCUACCCCAGACAGUGAUGUAUUUACCUUCAGUGUCUCUUUGGAGGUCAAAGAAGAUGAUGGAAAAGGAAACUUCAGCCCUGUGCCCAAGGAUAGAGAGAAAUUUUAUUUCAAAUUGAGACAAGGAAUUGAAAAGAAGGUUGUGAUCACAGUGCAACAACUGUCCAACAAAGAACUAGCAAUUGAAAGAUGUUUUGGAAUGUUACUAAGUCCUGGUCGAAACGUGAAGAACAGUGACAUGCAUUUACUGGAUAUGGAAUCCAUGGGAAAGAGCUGUGAUGGAAGAGCUUAUGUCAUUACUGGAAUGUGGAAUCCCAACACACCUACUUUCUUGGCACUUAAUGAAGAAACACCUAAAGAUAAAAGGGUGUUCAUGACUGUGGCUGUGGACAUGGUCGUCACUGAAGUGGUGGAGCCGGUUCGCUUCUUGUUAGAGACGCUGGUGCGUGUGUACCCCGCCAAUGAGCGCUUCUGGUACUUCAGUAGAAAGACUUUCACUGAGACCUUCUUCAUGAAGCUGAAACAGUCUGAGGGAAGAGCCCAUGCCAGUGCUGGGGAUGCCAUAUAUGAAGUAGUGAGUCUCCAGAGGGCAUCUGAGAAGGAAGAACCAGUCACUCCAACCAGUGCUGGGGGUCCAAUGUCUUCACAGGAGGAUGAGCCUGAAGAAGAGAGUGAUAAUGAACUCUCAAGUGGUACAGGUGAUGUGUCUAAGGAUUGCCCUGAGAAGAUCUUAUAUUCGUGGGGAGAAUUGCUGGGAAGAUGGCACAAUAACCUUGGUGUACGGCCCAAAGGGUUAUCCACUCUGGUAAAGAGUGGGGUUCCAGAAGCAUUAAGGGCAGAGGUAUGGCAGUUACUAGCAGACUGCCAUGACAACCAGUCUAUGCUGGAUAAAUACCGAAUUCUUAUUACCAAGGACUCUGCCCAGGAGAGUGUUAUAACACGAGACAUUCAUCGAACAUUUCCUGCACAUGAUCAUUUCAAGGACACUGGAGGAGAUGGUCAAGAAUCCCUAUAUAAAAUCUGCAAGGCUUACUCUGUCUAUGAUGAAGAUAUUGGAUACUGCCAAGGACAGUCUUUUCUUGCUGCCGUAUUGCUGCUCCAUAUGCCUGAAGAACAGGCAUUCUGUGUUUUGGUGAAGAUUAUGUAUGAUUAUGGCCUGAGGGAUCUCUAUAAAAAUAACUUUGAAGAUCUGCACUGUAAAUUCUAUCAACUGGAACGGCUAUUGCAGGAGCAAUUACCAGACCUGCAUAGCCACUUCUGUGACCUGAACCUGGAGGCUCAUAUGUAUGCGUCCCAAUGGUUUCUCACGCUCUUCACUGCCAAGUUCCCUCUAUGUAUGGUCUUCCACAUCAUUGACUUACUGCUUUGCGAGGGUCUCAACAUAAUCUUCCAUGUAGCUUUAGCACUCUUAAAGACAUCCAAGGAAGACCUUCUGCAAGCUGACUUCGAAGGUGCUUUAAAGUUUUUCAGAGUCCAGCUUCCAAAGAGGUACAGGGCAGAAGAAAAUGCCCGGAGGUUGAUGGAACAAGCAUGUAACAUUAAGGUACCUACGAAGAAGCUAAAGAAAUAUGAGAAAGAAUAUCAAACCAUGCGAGAGAGCCAGCUGCAACAAGAAGACCCUAUGGAUAGAUACAAGAGGGAGAACCGGAGGUUACAGGAAGCCAGCAUGCGGCUAGAACAAGAGAACGACGACCUUGCUCACGAACUGGUCACCAGCAAAAUCGCUCUGCGAAAUGACUUGGACCAGGCUGAAGACAAGGCAGAUGUUUUAAAUAAAGAGCUGCUCCUGACCAAACAGAGACUAGUGGAAACUGAAGAAGAGAAGAGGAAACAAGAGGAAGAAACUGCUCAGCUAAAAGAAGUCUUCAGGAGACAGCUCGAGAAGGCAGAAUCUGAAAUAAAGAAAACAACAGCAAUCAUUGCUGAGUAUAAACAGAUCUGCUCCCAGUUGAGUACCAGACUAGAAAAACAGCAAGCGGCCAACAAGGAGGAACUGGAAGUUGUCAAAGGCAAGGUGAUGGCAUGCAAGCACUGCAGUGAGAUUUUCAAUAAGGAAGGAGCCCUGAAGUUAUCAGCCAUAAGCCAAGAAAACCAGGGAAUCGAGAUUGAUGAUGAAAAGGACUCACUCAAGAAACAACUACGGGAAAUGGAGCUGGAAUUGGCCCAGACCAAGCUGCAGCUGGUGGAGGCAAAAUGUAAAAUCCAGGAGCUUGAACACCAGAGAGGAGCCCUCAUGAAUGAAAUUCAAGCUGCAAAAAACUCUUGGUUUAGCAAAACCCUGAACUCUAUCAAAACAGCCACAGGCACACAGCCACCCCAGCAGCCUCAGCCGUCCCAGCCACCCAAAGAGAGCACGUAGUUCCUGCCAUAUUCCAUGCACAAGAAUACAACCAAUCAAGCAACUGAAGCCCUAGCAGAUUGUCCCAGUGUCUCUCUGAGGGAAACUAAGGAAAGCCAGAGGGCAAGCCUCGAACUGAAAUCCUUCAGCAUCUCUCAUUCAUCUGGUGUGACGCUUUUCAAAGGAAAGUUAUUUAGAGUCCUGUUUUAUGUUGAAUAUCUAUUUUCCACCUCCCUCACCGAAAACCACCAUCAGCCUUUUUACACCUUAUUUUAUUAUAGCUAGAUGUUAAGUUGGAAAAUAAAUAAAUCAGAGCUAAAUGUUUUAUUUAGAACUAAUUAUUCCUAAUUAUUUUAUAUCUUGCCUAAAAAAGUAGAUUUUUUUUUUCUAUUUCCAGGUUGACAUGGUGGGAGAUGGGGUAUCAGUCAGGGAAGAAAAAAGAUUGAAAUUUAAGCCUUGAUCAUUUUCAGGACUUAAACUUAAAAUAAAGCACAUUGUAGGGGCCGGCCGUGACCACUGUCUAGGUCUUAUCCUAGAUGUGAUCCUGGUAGUUUACAAGAGGGAUGGUAACAUCCUACAGAGAAGCACUUUGCUUUUGGAAGAAAAAUGACCACAGACCAGUCUCCUGAAAGGAUUCAUUUAAAAAAAAAAUUAUUUUCUGUUGGGUUCAUUUGGAAAUGAGCACCUUACAUAGAUGCUGGAUGCUCCAGAGGCUCUCCUAUCCUUUGUUUUCUGGCAUGCCCACUAGAGCAAGGGAACUGGGGUUUCAGUAAACUUAAAUAAAGCCUCUAUCAUCUUGGCCUCCGUUCCUUUAAGAACUCCAACCAUGAAUCUCGAGAUCGGCCUGUGUGCAUGGCCUCAAGUGUGACAGUCGAGGGGAAGUGUAGUGCAAAGGCUAUUUUGUGAGCGGUAGCUUUAGAAGAGUCACCAGAGCACCUAGAAAUACCAGCUUCAACUGCUGGGCUUGGUAGGGAAUUUGGAGCUAAUGAAUGAAAAGGAAGUAGGAGAACAAGACAAGUGAAUUCAUUUCAUUUAGUUUUUAUGGCACUUGCUGAGAAAACUCUAAUUUUGUGUUUAAGGUAUGGAAAUGGGAGGAAAAGGCCAACUUUGAAACCUUUUAGUCUUAUGCUGUGUAACUCUUCCUGAUUUCUGUAACUCUGAAAAUGUGCCCUUUUUAUCCCAAAGAUGGAGAGGUGCAAAGGCAUUUGUAGCAUUUUUUGAUUGAAUAUAAAAUGUUUAUAGAAAUAGUUAUUUCGCUGAAAGGUAAACUAUUGUUUAAAAUUUGAUGGAAAUGUUUUCAAAUUAUAUUUAGCACGUCUAUAUAAAAAGGCCCUUGCCAGGAAUUUUUCCAGCCUUGGCCAAACAGGUUAGUUGUGUAUUAAGUUUUCCAUUUUCUUAUCUGUUCAACAGUAAAAGGGUCCUCUGGACCUAUUUGCUCUUAACCCAAAUUAAUUCUUCCAUCAAGUCUGUACAAUAAAGUUGAUUAAUAUUCAUCAUUGGCUUCAUUGUCAAGCAUCUUGUUUGCAAAGGAUCUGAAGCUGUGGUGCCAGUGGGACUCUAAUUUCUGCCAUAUUUUACUUUCAGAAGAUUAAGCAGAAAUCAAAUGAUAGUUUCAUCCUAAAGAAUUUAAUGAAAUUCAUUUGUAGGAAAUGUCUUGCCCGCUUACCCUAAAAGGAAGUUUUAAUCCUAAAAAAUAAUCCCUCAACUGUAACCAUUUAUGAAAAAAACUCAUUGUUUACCUAAGAUUGAAUUCUUCAGAUCCGACUCAAAUAGGGCUCCUUCAAAGAAGGAUGGUUUUGCCUGACAUUUUUCAUGAAAACAUUUAUCAAGAAAUGAAAACCAUGUAAAACACUGUAAAUUGUGAAAGCUAUUUUAGCCACUGUUAGUGGCCCUUCACAUUUUGAGUAAUAAGAACCUUUUUGGUAAACUGAACUUAUACACUUUGAAUGUAUUAACUUGUAAUGUGAUGGUCAUACUAUCUAGUUCAUCAGUGUGUCAGCUUUGACUUGAGUGUUGCCUAUAAUCUGGUUUUUAAAGUAUAUUCUCUUCUUCAAAGUAUCAUAAUAAUGGCUAGAAAAUGCUAUCUGUAUAAAAUGGCACUUUUUAACUUAAUGCAUUAACUUCCGUGAAAUAUCUAGUCAGAUCUGUUGAAUUUAUUUGGCAUUUCUGCUUUGAGUCCCAUAAACUCCAUCACCUUGAUUGCCAGCCAAGUGGAGGAGGCUCAUUUCUUCUGGAGUCUGAUCCCAUGGAGCUCCCCUAUUGCCUUCCACUUCUCAGAACCAGCAGAAUUGGGCUUGAACUGUAAGGUUUUCCUUAGUUGAGAAGAAAAAAAAUAAAGUUGCUGUGUUGCUGCCCAUUCAGACUUGGGCAGUAGUCUUGUAGAUGCUUCCAGAACAGUUAUAUGGACCGUGUGUAAUCUCAAGAGAUUCCUCAUUCCCCACCGUCUCCACUCCCCCCCCCCAAAUAUUCAAAUCCUCCCAUCUAAACUGAUAUUUGGACUCAGCUGGCCAGUCUUGAGGUUCAGUUGACUUUUUGCAUCCCAGAAUGGGUGUGUAUAACUUGAUAUUAGAAGUUAUAUUUUGAUUACAUUAAAAGAGUUUAUGUAGAAGUGAGUGAAUAUUAAAAUUUUACAUAAUUUUUGUUAUUUUUUUCUGACAAGAACAGCACUUUAAUUUUAAAUAAAACGAAUGCAACUCAAUGUAUAUUUGAUGGAGAAAAAAUAUCUAUAUGUUGUACAAAUUUAGAAGCUGUUGACUUGUUUUGAAAGGAAAGUGAAGACAUUUCAGAAUUCCGUUUAGUGCUUUCAGUGACUUCUGUCAACCGUGCUGAGUUGCUUCCUCUCCUAUCCAGUGCCAACAGUGAUGCGUGGCAUGGCCUUCUGUGCCAGGAGUUUAGUCUGUCCCAGGAUGAAGUAUGCAUUUGCCACCAGCAGCAGGAACCAAGCAAGAUUUAGAAAGGACCAAAGUUUGAUACAUAAGAUGUGAUUUUCAUCUCCUAUGUUGGAAUAUCACUCUCAACUUUAUGACCAAGAGACAAAUGAAGCUUUGAAAAGAUCUGCAUUCCAGAGAGGGCAGGGACAGCUUCGUUUUCGUCUUUGUGUCUCUGGUACCUAGCACGAUGCCCGGACUGUGGGAGAACCUUAAUAAAUUCUUGUUGAGUAACUGAUUGAUGUCAGUUAAUUUUAGAGAAUUAUGUAAACUGCCCUUCUUUUCACUUGGAUUCUUUUCAGGAACCAACCAAAAAACAAUCGAGCAACCUGAAAAUUCUUACACAUAAUGGAGUGUUUUUCUGACAUGGUUGUUUAAUCUUAAUUCAAUUUUCUUUUCCUAAAAUGCACAGUGUAGAACAAAUCCCCUCCAAAAUCCAGUGUUUACAACAUUUUGAAAAAUGAUUCAUUUUCUUUGAGACGAUUUCUGAAUUCCCUCUUUGUGUACAAAAUUAAGUGUACUAUUUAUUUUUUUCUAAUUCAAAGAUAUUUUAUUUUCCCCAAUUACAUGUAAUAAUUUUUAAUGUCAUUUCCCCAAAUCGUGAGAUCUAAACUGUCUCCCUCCCUCCCUUCCCUCACCUAGGUUGGAGAUGGUAUGCAAUUUGAUCUGGGCCACAUGUGUAUUAUCAUGCAAAACAUACUUCCAUAUUGGUCAUUAUUGUAAGAAAGUGUGCUUUUUAUUAAAUUAGUUUAUAUAUAUGUCUUAAAAUUUUUAUUUCUUUAAAGUUUUUUUUAGAGGUCAGAGAAAACAAAGCUGAAUUCAGUAGUGCAUAUGUUUAAUUGCUUCCUACAGUCUGGAUCCAUCUCACAAGAAGUUCUAUUUAGCUAGACACUUGAUUUAGAGAUCUUAAUUAACCUUCCUCAAGAGCUUACAGAAAAAUCAGUAGAUGUACCAGUUAGGAAUAUACCCUAAUUUGCAAGGCAACCAAUACAUCUCUUCAUCUUCCCUACUAGUAAAUCAACAAUUCUUUUCCAGUGGUUUGGACUCACUUUUCAUAUUAGAACCAUCUUUUUACUGAUGAAGGGUUUUACCUUCUCUUAUUAUAUUUCUCCAACUUUUUAAAUGUUUCUCCAUAUAAAGGUUUUGAUUUCUCUGCCUCUCCUACUUUGUUUAAAACACUCUAUUAGGAAAUAAUAGCAUUAUGGCUUAAUUUCUUAGAAAGAAAGAAAAUAUGUAAAACCAGAACGACUCAACUUUUGGCCCUGAGAGUCCAAUAAGCCAUAUUAAGACUCUUAGAAUAUUAGAAGAGAGAUUUAGAAUAAGGAUUACAAACGUAACUUUGUGAGAGGCACACUUUGUUGUAAGAUCCCAAGUUUUCUUAGGUUACUGGUUGAAAGGUAAUUUCUGAUUGAUCUACUAUGUUCAUCAAACACCGAUAUAGAUCAAUUGUGUGAUUCUAGCGUCUCAGUAAACGUGUUUUAGCACCGUACGUGCUUUUCUUCUCUAGAAAAGUCUCUGAUCAAUGAUCAAGAAAGACGAUCACUCUGUACUCUUAAUGAUUUUGUCAUUUGGUCAUUUUUCAGUCAUAUCAGACUUUUUUGUGACCCCAUUUGGGGUUUUCUUGGCAGAGAUCCAGGAGUGGCUUGCCAUUUACUUCUCCUUUUUACAGAUAGGGAAAAAGAUUAAGUGACUUGCCACAGGGUAUCCAGCUAGUUAGUGUCUGAGGCCAGAUUUGAAUUCAGGGAAACAGAUGAGUCAUCUUGACUCCAGACCUGGCGCUCUAUCCGCUGUGCAACCUGGUUUCCCUUUAAUAAGCUUAAAUAAGUUUGCAAAUAGUAUAUUUUUCUUGUUUUGUCUCCAGAAAAAAUAGGCAACCUUCAGUAAUCUGGAGAUUAAGAUAGACUUCCUGAGCAGUUAAAUAUCAAAGGUGUAUUAUGCCCGUGGAAUAUGUGUCCACACACAUACCUAGAUGUCAAGGCAUGUAGGAAUCCAAGACAACAUCAGAAAAUGACCCUGUGCCCAAUCUUGUUUCUCUGUUAAGUCUUCUUCCUUUCUCUGGUUGCCACGUUCAUGUCUUCUCCUUUGGCUGAAGUUGUUACAGCAUUAAUUCAUCCUUAAGUGAGGGGCUUCUUUUUCUUUCACGUAAGGUAGCCGUAUAAUACUGGAAUGGAUACUUUCUAUGGAAUAUCCUCAACCCUACCAAAGCCAUUAAGCUGGAACUAUGUAGAAAGCUCUGCGCUUGAAAAGAUCUGGAGUUAGGAUUUGAAAAUUGGGUAAAUAUCCUCAGAUACAGAAUUAAGGUCUAGCACAUCACCAGGGGAAUCUGUUAGUAAAACAGAACCAUUAAUGUCAUUUCCUUAUUUUCCUUAAUUUGUACUACAGAUUUUUCUGGAAGGUUUUAUUAGGAAUGUUUUCAUCUGCAAAAUAAGUUGGAUAGGGAAUUUUUUCAGAAAUUCCUUUUUUUUUUCCCCAGUGGGAAUUAUUGAAUGUGUAAAGGGUUUCAUUGUAUGUAAUUUGGAGAAAACUACAUAUUAGUCACAGACUAAUAACUAUGAAACUGAAUUACAAUAAUAUAAAUACAUCGAAGGACUAGUGUCAUCAAAGCAGAGGACUGAUGCUGGAGGUGAUCCCAGAAUCUAAGAUAUCUUAAUAGCAUUUUGCACCAGUUUUUCUAUUUUUAGUAUUUUACAUAAUUCAUGGAUCUUGUAGUCUAAAUGAGGUUAAAAAAAAAAAGAUUUCCUUCUCAAGCCCACCCUUCUUCCUCUCCCCCCCCCCCCCCACCAUACCUGUUUUUAUACUGCCCAGGAAAUGAAAGAAAUCACCUUCGUGCUCAUUGCUUUCCUAUACUGUUCCUAUGACUCAUCCAAACCUCUAAAACAAAUGAGUUGACUCAUAUUUCCCUCUCCCCCCUCCAAGUGCAAACCCUUUAAAGGCUUACAAGAAGAAUCCUGCGGACCAUAUCGUUCCCCAAAUCGCUGACCACUGACAAUUAGACGUUUUCCAUAAAUCCAUGUAUUAUGUAUGGUACAAUUAUCAAUGUAAAUGCUUGCUAUGAAAAGUGCGAUUUAUUGUACAUUGUCUCAACAAAUGUUUACUUUUCUAACUGUUAAGGACUUGAUUGGAGGGUAUCUUGUUUUCAUUGUGUGAAUGAUUGAUUUCUUGUAAAAUAAAAAGAAACACAAAGGAAA